AUGUCUGUCAGCUUCUCAGAUGAGCGGGAAGUGGUUCAGAAGAAGACCUUCACAAAAUGGGUGAACUCAAACCUGGCUCGUGUGCCCUGUCGCAUCACUGACCUCUACAAGGAUCUGCGGGAUGGACGGAUGCUCAUCAAGCUCCUGGAGGUGCUCUCUGGAGAGAUGCUGCCAAAGCCCACGAAGGGGAAGAUGCGCAUCCACUGCCUGGAGAAUGUGGACAAAGCCCUGCAGUUCCUCAAGGAGCAGCGUGUGCACCUGGAAAACAUGGGCUCCCAUGACAUCGUGGAUGGCAACCACCGCCUGGUCCUGGGCCUCAUCUGGACCAUCAUCCUUCGCUUCCAGAUUCAGGACAUUGUUGUCCAAACAAUGGAAGGUCGUGAGACACGCUCAGCCAAGGAUGCAUUGCUAUUAUGGUGUCAGAUGAAGACAGCAGGCUACCCCCAGGUCAAUGUGACCAACUUCACCUCCAGCUGGAAGGAUGGCCUGGCCUUUAAUGCUCUGAUACACAAACACCGGCCUGACCUGAUCGACUUUGAUAAGCUGAAGGACUCCAAUGCACGACACAACCUUGAGCAUGCGUUUGAUGUGGCUGAGCGUCAGCUGGGCAUCAUCCCGCUCCUCGACCCUGAAGAUGUCUUCACAGAAAACCCUGAUGAAAAAUCCAUUAUUACCUAUGUGGUGGCAUUUUACCACUAUUUCUCCAAGAUGAAGGUGCUGGCAGUGGAGGGCAAGCGUGUCGGCAAGGUAAUUGACCAUGCCAUUGAGACUGAGAAGAUGAUUGAAAAGUACAGUGGGCUGGCCUCUGACCUGCUCACCUGGAUUGAGCAGACCAUCACUGUCCUGAACAGCCGCAAGUUUGCCAACUCUCUGACAGGCGUCCAGCAACAACUCCAGGCCUUCAGCACCUACCGCACCGUGGAGAAGCCACCCAAGUUUCAGGAGAAGGGUAAUCUGGAAGUCCUACUGUUUACCAUCCAGUCCCGGAUGAGAGCCAACAAUCAGAAAGUGUAUACACCUCACGAUGGGAAACUAGUGUCUGACAUCAACCGGGCCUGGGAAAGCCUGGAGGAAGCUGAGUAUCGGCGGGAGCUGGCCCUGAGGGAGGAGCUCAUUCGGCAGGAGAAGCUGGAGCAGUUGGCCCGACGCUUUGACAGAAAGGCCGCCAUGAGAGAGACGUGGCUCAAUGAAAACCAGCGCCUCGUGGCUCAGGACAACUUUGGGUAUGACCUGGCAGCCGUGGAGGCCGCCAAGAAGAAGCAUGAAGCCAUCGAGACCGACACAGCUGCUUACGAGGAGCGGGUGAGGGCCCUGGAGGACCUGGCCCAGGAGCUAGAGAAGGAGAAUUACCAUGACCAGAAGCGCAUCACUGCCCGCAAGGACAACAUCCUGCGCCUGUGGAACUAUCUGCAGGAGCUGCUGAGGGCCCGGCGCCAGCGACUGGAGACAACCCUGGCCCUGCAGAAGCUCUUCCAGGACAUGCUGCACAGCAUUGACUGGAUGGAUGAGAUCAAGGCUCACCUCUUGUCUGCUGAGUUUGGGAAGCAUUUGUUGGAGGUCGAGGACUUGCUACAGAAGCACAAGUUGAUGGAAGCUGACAUCGCCAUCCAAGGGGACAAAGUGAAGGCCAUCACUGCGGCCACCCUGCAGUUCACUGAGGGGAAAGGAUACCAGCCUUGCGACCCCCAGGUUAUCCAGGACCGUAUCAGCCACCUGGAGCAGUGCUUUGAGGAGCUGAGCAACAUGGCAGCUGGACGGAAGGCCCAGUUGGAGCAGUCCAAACGGCUCUGGAAGUUCUUCUGGGAGAUGGACGAGGCCGAGAGCUGGAUCAAGGAGAAGGAGCAGAUCUACUCUUCCCUGGACUAUGGCAAAGACCUGACGAGUGUGCUCAUCCUUCAGCGCAAGCACAAGGCCUUUGAGGAUGAGCUCCGAGGGCUGGACACCCACCUGGAGCAGAUCUUCCAGGAGGCAGAGGGCAUGGUCGCACGUAAGCAAUUUGGGCACCCACAGAUUGAGGCCCGAAUCAAGGAGGUGUCUGCACAGUGGGACCAGCUGAAGGAGCUGGCUGCAUUUCGCAAGAAGAACCUCCAGGAUGCUGAGAACUUCUUCCAGUUCCAGGGUGAUGCUGAUGACCUAAAGGCCUGGCUGCAAGAUGCCCACCGGCUGCUCUCAGGUGAAGACGUGGGACAGGAUGAGGGGGCCACACGGGCCCUGGGGAAGAAGCAUAAGGACUUCCUGGAGGAGCUGGAGGAGAGCCGCGGGGUGAUGGAACAUCUGGAGCAGCAGGCCCAGGACUUCCCCCAAGAGUUUCGGGAUUCCCCAGAUGUGACCAACCGGCUGCAGGCCCUUCGGGAGCUCUACCAGCAGGUGGUGGCCCAGGCAGACCUGCGUCGGCAGAGGCUGCAGGAUGCCCUGGACCUGUAUACGGUGUUUGGGGAGACAGAUGCCUGUGAGCUGUGGAUGGGUGAGAAGGAAAAGUGGCUGGCCCAGAUGGAAAUCCCAGACACACUGGAGGACCUGGAGGUCGCACAGCACAGGUUUGACAUCCUGGACCAGGAGAUGAAGACGUUGAUGAUACAGAUUGACGGCGUGAACCUUGCUGCCAACAGCCUGGUAGACAGCAGCCACCCUCGCAGUGGGGAAGUGAAGCAGUACCAGGACCACCUGAACAGCAGGUGGCUGGCAUUCCAGACAGUAGUGUCAGAGCGGCGGGAGGCAGUAAACUCAGCCCUCCGGGUGCGUAACUAUUGUGUGGACUGUGAAGAGACUAGCAAGUGGAUUGAGGACAAGAUGCACGUGGUACGGUCCACAAAGGACCUGGGCCAGGACCUGGCAGGCGUCAUUGCCAUCCAGCGGAAGCUGUCGGGGUUGGAGCGCGACGUGGCCGCCAUCCAGGCCCGCGUGGGUGCCCUGGAGCGUGAGUCGCAGCAGCUGAUGACAUCUCACCCUGAGCAGAGAGAGGACAUUGGCCAGCGGCAGGCAUGUGUGGAGCAGCUGUGGAAGGACCUGCAGGAAGCCCUCCAGGAGCAGGAAGCCUCGCUGGGUGAAGCCAGCCAGCUGCAGGCCUUCCUGCAGAAUCUAGAUGACUUCCAGUCCUGGCUGUCCAUGGCCCAGAAGGCCGUGGCCUCCGAGGACAUGCCCGAGUCCCUCCCGGAGGCCGAGCAGCUCCUUCAGCAGCAUGCGGCCAUCAAGGACGAGAUUGAUGGGCACCAAGAGAGCUACCAGCAUGUCAGGGUAUCCGGAGAGAAUGUGAUCCGUGAUCAGACGGACCCGGAGUAUCUGCUUCUGGGCCAGAGGCUGGAGGGCCUGGAUGCGGGCUGGGAUGCCCUGUGCCGGAUGUGGGAGAGCCGCAACCACUCGCUCACCCAGUGCCUUGGCUUCCAGGAGUUCCAGAGAGAUGCCAAGCAAGCUGAAGCCAUCCUCAGCAAUCAGGAAUAUACUCUGGCUCACUUGGAGCCCCCAGACUCCCUAGAGGCUGCAGAGGCUGGGAUCCGGAAGUUUGAGGAUUUCUUGAUGUCUAUGGAGAACAACCAGGAUAAGGUCUUGAGUCCUGUGGACUCUGGAAACAAGCUGGUAGCUGACAAAAACCUCUACUCAGACAAGAUCCUAGAGAAGGUGCAGCUGAUUGAGGACAGGCACAGGAAAAACAAGGAGAAGGCUCAGGAGGCCUCAGCAACUCUGAGAGACAACUUGGAGCUCCAGAACUUCCUCCAGAACUGCCAAGAGCUCACUCUCUGGAUCAAUGACAAGCUGCUAACAUCUCAGGAUGUCUCCUAUGAUGAAGUGAGAAACCUUCAAAACAAGUGGCUGAAGCACCAGGCCUUUGUGGCAGACCUGGCUUCCCACCAAGGAUGGUUAGAUAGCAUUGAUGCAGAAGGAAAACAGCUGAUGGAGGAGAAGCCUCAUUAUUUGGCCCUGGUGUCCCAGAGGCUGGAAGAUUUGCACCGGCUCUGGGAUGAACUUCAGGCCACCACACAGGAGAGGACCCAGCACCUCUCAGCUGCCAGGAACUCCUACCUGCGCUCACAGACCCACGCCGACCUCAACAAGUGGAUCAGUGCUAUGGAGGACCAGCUGCGGUCCGAUGACCCUGGCAAGGACCUGACCAGUGUCAACCGGAUGCUGGCUAAGCUGAAGCGUGUGGAGGACCAAGUGAAUGUGCGGAAGGAGGAGCUGGGGGAGCUGCUUGCCCAGGUGCCCUCACUGGGAGAUGAGGCAGAAGACACAGACGUGAGCAUCGAGAAGCGGUUCCUGGACCUCCUGGAGCCCCUGGAGAGGAGGAAGAAGCAGCUGGAGUCAUCCCGAGCCAAGCUGCAGAUCAGCCGGGACUUAGAGGAUGAGACGACCCUGCAGAAUGAGAUCCUGGGCCAUGCGCCACGGGUGGAGGACGUGCUGCAGAGAGGGCAGCGGCUGGUGGAGGUGGCGGAGGUCGACUGCCAGGACAUCGAGGAGCGCUUGGGGCGCCUGCAGGGUUUGUGGGACACCCUGCGGGAGGCAGCGGCCAGGAGGCUGCAGCGCCUGCGGGACGCCAGCGAGGCACAGCAGUACUACUUGGACGCAGGCGAGGCCGAGGCCUGGAUCAGUGAGCAGGAGCUCUACAUCAUCUCCGACGAGACCCCAAAGGAUGAAGAGGGCGCCAUCGUGAUGCUGAAGCGGCAUCUGAGGCAGCAACACACGGUGGAGGAGUACGGGAGGAACAUCAAGCAGCUGGCCUCCAGGGCCCAGAGCCUGCUGUCUGCAGGCCACCCUGAGGGGGAACAGAUCAUCCGGCUUCAGGGGAAGGUGGACAAGCAGUAUGCAGGGCUGAAGGACAUGGCGGAGGAGCGCAGGCGGAAGCUGGAGAACAUGUACCACCUGUUCCAGCUGAAGAGGGAGGCGGAUGACUUGGAGCAGUGGAUUACGGAAAAGGAGCGGAUGGCCUCUUCCCUUGAAAUGGGGCAAGACUUCGACCAUGUCACUCUGCUCCGGGACAAGUUCCGGGACUUUGCCCGGGAGACUGGGGCGAUUGGGCAGGAACGGGUGGACAACGUGAACAUGAUCAUCGAGCGGCUCAUCGACGCAGGCCACAGCGAAGCGGCCACCAUCGCCGAGUGGAAGGAUGGGCUGAACGAGAUGUGGGCGGACCUGCUAGAGCUCAUCGACACGCGCAUGCAGCUGCUGGCCGCCUCCCAUGACCUGCACCGCUACUUCUACACGGGCGCCGAGAUCCUGGGCCUCAUCGAUGAGAAGCACCGUGAGCUGCCCGAGGACGUGGGGCUGGACGCCAGCACUGCCGAGUCGUUCCACCGGGUGCACACUGCCUUUGAGCGGGAGCUGCAGAUGCUGGGCUUGCAGGUACAGCAGUUCCAGGACGUGGCCACCCGCCUGCAGACAGCAUACGCUGGGGAAAAAGCAGAUGCCAUCCAGAACAAGGAGCAGGAGGUGUCUGCUGCGUGGCAAGCACUGCUCGACGCCUGCGCGGGACGCCGUACCCAGCUGGUGGACACGGCAGACAAAUUCCGCUUCUUGAGCAUGGUCCGAGACCUCCUCUCCUGGAUGGAGGGCAUCAUCCGGCAGAUCGAGACCCAGGAGAGGCCCAGGGACGUCUCCUCAGUGGAGCUGCUCAUGAAGUAUCACCAGGGCAUCAAGGCAGAGAUUGAAACCCGGAGCAAGAACUUUAGCGCCUGCCUGGAGCUGGGCGAGUCCCUGCUGCAGAGGCAGCACCAGGCCUCGGAGGAGAUCAGUGAGAAACUGAAGCAGGUGCUCUACAGGAGGAAGGAGAUGAACGAGAGGUGGGAGGCCCGCUGGGAGCGGCUCCGCAUGUGUGAGCCUCAAGAGGAGGAAGGCGAGACAGCAGGGGAGGCUCCCCGAGGUCCGCAUCGCGCAGCCACCGAGAGAACGUCCCCGGGGGAAGAAGAGAGGCAGUGGCCUCAGGACCUGCAGCCACCACCCCCUCCAGGGCCACAGGAGGAGAAAUCCAGUGGGGAUGAGAGGCCCACCACCGAGCCUCUCUAUAAAGUCCUGGACACGCCUCUGAGCGAGGGUGACGAACCUACAACGCUGCCAGCCCAGCGGGACCACGGGUACAGUGUGCAGAUGGAGGGCUACCUGGGCCGAAAGCAUGACCUGGAGGGGCCCAAUAAGAAGGCAUCCAACAGGUCCUGGAACAACCUGUACUGUGUUCUCCGGAACAGCGAACUGACCUUCUACAAGGACGCCAAGAACCUGGCCCUGGGGGUGCCCUACCAUGGGGAGGAACCCCUGGCCCUGAGACACGCCAUCUGUGAGAUUGCUGCCAACUAUAAGAAGAAGAAGCAUGUCUUCAAGCUGAGGCUGAGCAAUGGCAGCGAGUGGCUCUUCCAUGGCAAGGAUGAGGAGGAGAUGCUGUCCUGGCUGCAGGGCGUGAGCACCGCCAUCAACGAAUCCCAGAGCAUCCGCGUGAAGGCCCAGAGCUUGCCCCUGCCCUCCAUCACCGGCCCCGACGCCAGCCUUGGCAAGAAAGACAAGGAGAAGAGAUUCAGCUUCUUCCCCAAAAAGAAGUAG